AUGAAGCAUUUGCCCAAGGUCAGGAAGCCACAUGUUUGCUGGCGGCCUGGCCGCCCACCCUCUCCCCAAAACCCCCUUCUCACAACGCCUCGGCUGCCCGCUCUCAUCCAGCAAGAACAGCGGCCCCACAACUUCCAACCACCUCAGCUAGCUGAGAAGAGCGACCUCCGGCCAGAGAACCGUAGCAUUCACUCCAUGAUAGAGGAGCUCUCGAGGUACACGUGUUACCGGUUCGAAAGGGUCAAGGACGAGAACAGUUUCGGCGACAACGUCGAUGACCUCCCACCCAGCUGGGACUACGCCCACCGCGUGGCCCACCACACCGACAGCCAGCAAGAGAUGCUUCGAGAGGUCCGGUUUCUAGACGAAGACGGCCCCUUCACCCAGAAGAUUUCGUGGCGCAACAAAGCGAUAAGAAGGCAACUCGAAAGGACGAAUGAGGAACUCACCGAGGGCGAGCUGGAUCCGAGGUACCAUUACGAACUCGUCCAGUUCGAGGAGGUAGGCGGUGAUUCUCUGGACAGUCGCAGGAGAAAGUAUUACAAUUCCCGAGACAGCCAAAUCGUCUCCUACGAGACUUCUAAGAGGUCCUCCAGGAACGGUGACAAGGACAGGGUCAAGAACAAGGAUAAGACAAGAGAGAGCAAGAACCGAGAUCGAGAAAAGGGCGCCUACCGCGUAACUCGCGCAGUAGGUUACUUCGCAGGCGUCCCCAGUCACGGUCGGGAACACAGGCAAGACAAGAAGGACAAGAAGGACAAGCAUGACAAGCAGGACAAGCACGACAAAUACGACAGGUACGACAAGUACGACAAGCACGAGAAGCAAGACAAACAAGACAGGAGGGAGAAGCACCACAAGAAGUCCGGAAAGGAUGUGGAAGACGAUAGCGGCAUCUUCGCCAUCGUCGCCUACUAUAGACGGAAACCCCGCAGCGAAGAACCCAUUGAGGCCAUGUAUCGGGAACUCAAGCAAGGCAGGCUAAACUAUCAAGAAGUCGCGCUACAGAAUACCGUGGCAACCUCCCCGGCGUACGUGAACGCCCAGGCCGUGCCCCAGCAGCUGCACCAUGUACCUCAGGGUAACGCGGGCCAGUACGCCCGACAAGAGCAUCCGCAAGCCAUGCAGCAGCAACAACUACAGGCUCAGAUGCUCUACCAGCAGCAGCUACAGCAGCGGAAAUUACAACAGCCCCAGCAAAUCCAACAACUGCAGCAAUUGCAACAGCCGCAACAACUUCAGCAGCCCCAGCAAAUCCAACAGCUUCAACAACUGCAACGGCAGCAGCAGCAGCAGCAGCAAAUCCAACAGCAGCAGCAGCACAUCCAACAACAGCAGCAGCAAAUUCAGCAACAGCAGCAGCAAGUCCAGCAGCAGCAGCGGCAAACCCAGUUUACUCACCAGCAGGCCCAGCAGCAGGCCCAGCAGCAGGGUCGCCUUUCGGUGCCAGCCGCGGCCCCCGUGCCGAGGCAUGUGGGGGCAGCAGGUCGGUAA